GUCUGAGCAAGGAGGUUUAAAAAGAAGGAGAGAGAACUCUUUUAUUUCUAUUGAAAUCAUCCGUGUCUCAUGUUUACUUUUCUCUAUUGUUCUUACAUCGAAUUCUGUCAAUCAAAAUUUGAAAUCUCGCGCUUAAAUUAAUAAAUUAGCCGUUGUCUUUUGUUACUAUUUGCAUAAAUUAUGAGCCCGCGGCUAUUUUUCUCUCAGCGGUAAAUGCUUGUUAGUUGAUAAAUUUGUCGUUUUUACAUAUCAUAAACAAGCAAGAAGCGAAAUGGCAGGCGAAGACGUUAAAAAUAUAAUAGAAUUGGAUGAUGACUUUUUUGUGACGGAAGAAAUGUUGUCAGAUUUUACUGUUUACGAAAGUUGUGAGGUGGAAGUAUCGUUUGUGGAAGAUCUGUUGGAAGAAGAAAAUGAAGUAGAUGCUGGAUAUUUGGGUAUUCCUCAAAUAGUAUUCGUUGAUGAAGAAGAUGUGGACAUGGUGGUUGAUAACAACAGUACCAAAAAUGUGAAGUUUGUGUGCAGCAAGUGCAAAAAACAGUAUUUUAAAGAAGCUUACUACAAGAAACAUACUCUGAUAUGUAAAAAGCCAACAGAUCCAGAAACAACAACAGUGGCAAGAAAAACUCUUGAUGACUCAAAAAAUAAAUCAACUACAACAAUUUCCACAAAACAAGUUAAAUCAAAAUCGAAUCAAUCUUUAUCCAUCACCGAUCAUGAGCUGCAGCAAGAAAAAAUGAAUUUUGUUCGUGAUGCUAUGGUUAAAAUUUCAAAAGACCCAAUCAAUAACAUUGUUGUGAAAGGAUUCAAAACACCUGGAAAUCGUGUCAAAGAAUUAGCCAACUCAAUUUUGAAUGCUGGGAGUGAUGUUUUGGACAUUAUUUCUGAAAAUGUAGUGUGUCGCAUAUUUAAAGAAUUGCAAAAAUCUAACCUACUGACUGGUUCAGGAAAAGAAUCUCUUUGGAGAAAAGUGCAUGAACUUGCACAAGACGAUAAAUUCAGACAACAUUGGAAACAUGUAUUACCUAAAGGAUACUGCAUUGACUUGGUCCUUGGUCUGAGACGUAAAUGGCCUACACACUCGGAGGUUUUAAAAUGCUUUCUGUGAGAAAGCAGAAAAAACAUUUUAAUUUAGACGAAGGAUUGUAAUUGCAACUUUACAAAUUUCCCUGGUUUUGCCCCAAAUCAAUGUUAGUGUGGUCUAUGGACAUUUUCACCAAUAUUUUUUUCAAAUAUGCUAGGGGAAAAAAUGAAAACAGUUCCAGUGGAAUGAUGUGUAGUGUCUUUUAUGUCAUAAUAUUUUGUUUAUUGAUUGGCUGUACAUAAUUUUCUGUGGUGGUUAAGAAAUUCAAGUGUUUAAAAGGGACGCGGUGUGGGUAGAAAGAUGACCAAAGGAACAAGUCAUUUCUUCCGAUGUCGCCUUUUAUCUGGAUGGCCAUACUGAUUAAUAAAACUAAUAAAAACGAAUUACACAGCCGCCAGCUUUAACGAUAUUCACGAAAAAAAUUAAUCACUGAAAUAUGUUAUGAACAACUGAAAUUCUAUUUUAGAGAAUCACAGCUUAUCUUCGAUUUAAUAACUACACUAAAUUCAGACCAGAGGAAAAAAUGUUGAAUGUUUAGCUUGGACAUAGGUAAAGACGUAUCAUUCAUCCUUUAAGGUGACUUUUAUUUUUAUUUCCACUAUAAAGAAGUGAUUAUUAUAAAAUGUCCUUUUAAAAAAAGGACACGAGAGUUGUACAGCUCCUCAGGGUUUUUCUACGAAAGAGUCCUCUUUUGAGAGGCGCCCACUAUAAAGAGGUUUCAUUGUAAUUUCGAUAUCAAGGGACAAACGCACUGAAAAUUUUUUCGCCCUAAUGAUCUUUUGACUUUUCCACUGAAUUGAACUUAAAUGCAAGCCUGCAAGGAAGGAGGAUAGUCGAAAAAUAAAGAACUCCCAUUGCUUUUUAGUUAACAUCAAUUCUCUAUUUCUGCUUUGAAAUCGUUUCUAAAUUGCAUAAUGUCAUGUAAAAGUGUGGAUGGAUCAAAGUUUUACAAGGACAAAGCAUUGCUAAAUUAAAAGAGACAGGUCUAUUUGUAUACAAUGUAUAAGUUAAUAUGUCUAUAACUAUUCUGGCGCUUCAUAGAUGUCUUUGGGAGCCAUCAACAAUAAUAAAAGAUUCUAUGUGACAAAGAUAAGCGAAAGCCACGUCAUAAAAUAUACAAUAUACUUUAUGACGUGACUUUCAGGCUAGACAUGCUGCAUAUACUCUCAUCAAUCAAAACAGACUUGUGCUUUUACGCUUUUCAUCUUUUUUGUUACGUGAUGUGCGCUGACGUCAGCAUUUUAUUGUUGGUUUUUUAAAAACAAAAUUAACUCUUAUUGGAUGUUUUUGAUGAAGUAGAUAGCAGUUAUAACAGUGCGUAAAUAGAAGAAAGCCACAAAUUGUUUGAUUUGGAUGUCAUGUUUGAUGACAUAUAUACGUUCAAUUCGUUCCCAAAGAUGAAGGAGAUAUGCUUCGUGAGAACGAGGUUGACAUGUGCGCGUAUGUUAAAUCAAGCGCUGCAAUGAAGGUUAUGUCCAUUAAAAAUUUUGCACGUUAUCAAUCUCAACUAACACGUUUUGCUUCAUAUAUGAGAAUUAUCAGUUCAAAAGUUACGUUUAUCUUUAGCUAAUUGACAUUGCGAACCUAAAAGCGUGAUUGGUGCUAGUUAUUGGUAGGAAUUAUCCGAAAUUAGGAAUUAUCAAAUAUCCGAAAAAAUAUGUCUACGAAAACUGAGAGUAGUAAAAGAGGGAAAUUUAUAAAUCGAUUUGAUUGGUUGAAAUUGAGGCUAUUCUAUGUCUUAUCUGCAGCACCCCCUGCACUCAUUCCAGCGAGUCUGACUUUGCUGUGUUUACCACCAGUGCAUUUUUUACCUUGUAACCAUCAGCGUUAAAGAUAUCUCGCAAUUUGUACUUUGAAAGUAUCAUUGGUAGGUGCGUUUUCUUCCAGUGUGCAGUCAUCUCUGGUGUGCAUGAGUUUGCUUUACCUGACACCAUCUUAAAUGUGACAUUAUUCCGUGCCUUCCAUUUGUCAACCUAUCCAUUCAAUGCUUUAAAAUCAUUUUACCUAGUGUAUUUGCUAAAUCACUUGUUUUCUCUUGAAGGACUAGUGCACUUACAGGUAUGUUAUUCGAUCUAAGAGACAUAAACCACUUAAAACAGCUUUGCCUAAGUUUUCAUGAUUUCCUGCUUUGACAUUCUUUCUUCUCAAGCUAAUCGUUCCAGAGGAAAAUGCAGCAAUUAUCUUCUCUUUACUUGCAGGUAAAUGUCAUGUGGGAUAGUGCUUCUUGGCACACUAUACUUUUGAGCUUCUAAUGACUUAAGUAAGUUGUCCACUUUCUAUUUCUUGUAACACCUUCAUUUUUUUUCGAUGGAAGUUUUUUUUUUUGGCGAAGUCCACUUUUUCUUGUUAUAAAUUCGAAUACAUGCUUUUGGUAAACUUGAAACUUUCGAAUGUUCAAAACGUUCGAAUUUCGAGUUAGAGAUCGACAUGGAUUGUUUCUUAUUUCAAAAAGAAUUGCCAGUGCUUGUGCAAGAAUAUGAAGUAAACACGUUUGUGAUAGGCUACCAUGAGUAUCGCGAAUCAUGGACUCCUAUCGUUGGAGACUUCUUACAAUACCAAAUAACGCAAGACAAUGCUGUAGAUAAAUGUGCAGUAGCAGGGAUGAAUAAAGAUAGAGUUGUUGAACACUUGAUAAAAGGGAAAAGCAGGAAAAUUGCUGUGUUCUUUUUUCUGAGAGCAGAUGUUUGCAAUAUGCCAACAGUGGAAAUAAAUGGAAAGGCUGUAAACAAAGGGAAAUGGAAAGGGAAUGGAAGUUCCCUUUACAAUAACGUUCACUGAUAGUAAGCAAAUGUUAAGCAAACUAAAAGAAGUUUUUGAAAAUUGUGAUGUUUAAUUGAAAAAAAAUGUUUUUUAAUACACGAAUAAUUUUCUUAUUUUCCAGAAUUCUACAUCAAUAACUGUCCGAAAUAUCGAGGGUAUUCAUUUGAAGGAAUGUUUGAAAAAUCGGGGAAUUCGAAAAACCGAAGUUCGAAAAAUCCGAGGGAAUAUAAAAGGCGUCUAGGGACCAAAGAAAUAAUUCGAAAAAUUGUGGAAUUUCAAUAAUCCCUUUUUCGAAAAAUUGGGAUUGAAUUGUAAUUCAUUCGGUGUGAAUGUCGGAGUGGAUUUCCUUCCAUAUUUUUGUAUUAAUUUAUAUGGUAUCAAGGCAUGACAAAAUGCUUUGCUUAAAGGAUAAAUUGAAAAAAUCCGUUUUUUCAAUUAAAAUAAUAAACCGAAAAAAAUUGUGUUUUGCUGUUUCUUAAAUAAACAACGCAUUCUUUUUAUCACCUCCAUGAUCUUAUUUUCUUACAAAACUCAAAUUAUUGAACGUUCCAAACAAGAAGCGUUUCUAUAUGUUUAUAUCAUGGCCGACUUAAUUUACAGUCCACAAAGUGUGCAAAUUGAAUGUGGAGCUUUGGUGCAAUACGAUUGAUGUUGAAUUCUUUUUUUAACAAUCACAAAAUUAAACAAAUAAAAAAAUAAAAAAAGAAAUAUCGCUAAUAUAUACAAAGCAUUUUAAAAUUCUAAAAAAUGUGGUUAAAAAAAGAAUGUUUCAACUGUCGUACAGCUGCUAAAAAAUAUUUAGUUAACGGAGUUAGGGAUGCAAGUUGAAAUGUUAAAAAAGAAGAAGAAAAGAAAGAAAAGGGUACCAGCAUUGAGCAUAUUUUAGGCACAUUUUAUGGAAACACAGAUGUGGGUGCAGCUAUAUGUUUGUAUCACGAGAGGAAUACUUUCGAAAAAAGGAUUCAUUGAAUAAAAAAUUCACAUUUGUUUUAAAAUACCAAAAAUCAAGAAAUAUAUUAAGACAAACUAUACAGAAACAUAAAUACACGUGAAAUACGUUUUGCAAAACACAAAAAACGCGCUAAACGAAGACGACCAGUGAAAAAAAAUGGUCAAGUACGAAUCACAACAUACACGCUAAUUUCUGAUCUUAAUUUUAUAGCCUGACUUGAUCUGAUUUUGUUUUUGUUCAUAAUAUCACGAACACCACAUCAAAUCUUAAUUUUUUCUUAGAUUUCUUCGAAAUUUGUGCUUAUACAAAAAUAGGCGAUUUUUUGUUACCAAUUAAGACCGAGAAACGCCCACAAACAA